AUGGUGUUCAAUUCUCAAAGCUCAUCUGUCUCGCCUCAAGUUGGGUUGGGGAUUGGAGUCCAAGCAGCAGGUCUUAACAAUGUCACAUUAUCUGCUUCCUUACAGCAGCAGCCAACUUCGGUUCAUCAACCAUCUACUCCACAGGGAUCUACAGGAUCUAAAGAUGCUGAGAUCAGUCACGUGAAAGUUGAGGAGUUGCAGCAGCAACAGAUUCUAUCUGAUGAUUUGGACACGGAAUCUGCUCCAAGUUCUGGGCUUGACAAGAAUCUCUUGAAUGAGGACGAUUUGAAGGCUUCAUACCCCUUAGAUACACCAGCCGGAGUGUCUGGUUCUUUGACAGAUCCUGCCCAACUGCCAAGGGAUAUUGAUCUGUCCCCUGGACAACCAUUAGCUUCCAAUCAACCUUCUGGCAGCCUUGGUGUCAUUGGUCGACGGAGUGUUUCUGACCUUGGUGCUAUUGGUGAUAACCUUGGUGGAACAACUGUGAAUUCUGGGGGAAUGCAUGAUCAGUUAUAUAAUUUACAGAUGCUUGAGGCUGCUUUCUAUAAACUUCCUCAACCCAAGGACUCGGAACGUGCAAGGAAUUAUACUCCAAGGCACCCUGCUGUAACCCCUCCAAGCUAUCCUCAAGUACAGGCACCCAUUGUUAACAAUCCUGCCUUCUGGGAACGUCUUGGAGCCGAUAAUUUCGGCACAGAUAGUCUCUUCUUUUCAUUUUACUACCAACAGAAUACCUAUCAGCAAUAUCUGGCUGCUAAAGAGUUGAAGAAGCAAUCAUGGAGAUACCAUAAGAAAUUUAAUACAUGGUUUCAACGGCAUGAGGAGCCAAAAGUUGCCACUGAUGAUUUUGAACAGGGGACGUAUGUAUACUUCGAUUUCCACAUUGACGAGCCACCAAAUGGAUG